CACAGGCAUGGGGCCAGCGCCAUUCACACUUUCCCCUGUUCUGCAGCAGACAGACUGAGUUCUUCUAAUCCUUGUGUUCCUUCUCCCCAACCUCUCUAAAAGCCUUCUCUGAGGGAGAAAUAGCUAUAGCUUGGGGGCUAAUAUAGCUUUAAGGGAACUUUUGGCAGAUGCGGAUGUCCUAACAUCUGGGCAGUUUUAACAGAAUCCCGGAGGCCCGGACAGACCUGGAGCCACUCGUUCUAGGAAUGUUAAAUUAGAAGUUUUUUCAGCUGAUGAGAGAAGCAGAGAGGAAGGAGAAAGAGAACGAGGAGAGAAAAAGACAGCACAAAAACCUAUAAAACAGCUGUGACCUGGCUGCAGAUACAGGUUCCCACCACCUUCCUGAUCCUCAGCAGUGGGAUGGCUGACUCCGAUCCCACAUUUCUGCUUCCUCUCACUUUUGGAAGUUCAUUGAUGGCUGAUUUAUGAAAGUUAUUUUCCUUUGUUCUGGUACUUCUGGCCAUCUACUCCUAUUCUUGUCUCCCUAACAAUCCCUACCCUUUAAAAGGAUGGCGGGUAAAAUAACUCAAAGAGGAGCUCUCUCUCUGCUGCUCUUCCUUGCUCCAGCAGUGACACCAACAUGGUUAGCAGGUUCAGGCUACUACCCAGAUGAAAGCUACAACGAAGUAUAUGCUGAAGAGGUCCCACAGGUCCCUGCCCUAGACUACCGAGUCCCCCGAUGGUGUUAUACAUUAAAUAUCCAAGACGGAGAAGCCACAUGCUAUUCACCAAGGGGAGGGAAUUAUCACAGCAGCUUGGGCACUCGUUGUGAGCUCUCCUGUGACCGGGGUUUUCGACUGAUUGGGCGAAGGUCGGUGCAAUGCUUGCCAAGCCGCCGCUGGUCUGGAACUGCCUAUUGCAGACAGAUGAGAUGCCACACAUUGCCAUUCAUUACAAGUGGCACCUACACCUGCACAAAUGGGGUGCUUCUUGACUCCCGUUGUGACUACAGCUGUUCCAGUGGCUACCACCUGGAAGGUGACCGCAGUAGAAUCUGUAUGGAAGAUGGUCAAUGGAGUGGAGGCGAGCCUGUAUGUGUAGACAUAGAUCCCCCCAAGAUCCGUUGUCCCCACUCACGUGAAAAAAUGGCAGAGCCGGAGAAACUGACUGCUCGAGUAUACUGGGACCCACCUUUGGUGAAAGAUUCUGCUGAUGGUACCAUCACCAGGGUGACACUUCGGGGCCCUGAGCCUGGUUCUCACUUUCCCGAAGGAGAGCAUGUAAUUCGUUACACUGCCUAUGACCGAGCCUACAACCGGGCCAGCUGCAAGUUCAUUGUGAAAGUACAAGUGAGACGCUGCCCAUCACUGAAACCACCACAGCAUGGCUACCUCACCUGCACCUCAGCCGGGAACAACUAUGGUGCCACCUGUGACUAUCACUGUGAUGGAGGUUAUGAGCGCCAAGGGACUCCCUCCCGGGUCUGCCAGUCCAGCCGCCAGUGGUCAGGAUCACCGCCCAUCUGUGCUCCUAUGAAGAUUAAUGUUAAUGUCAACUCAGCUGCUGGCCUUCUGGAUCAGUUCUAUGAGAAACAACGCCUCCUCAUCAUCUCAGCUCCUGAUCCCUCCAACCGAUAUUACAAAAUGCAGAUCUCUAUGCUGCAGCAAUCCACCUGUGGACUGGACCUGCGGCAUGUGACCAUCAUCGAGCUGGUGGGGCAGCCACCUCAGGAGGUGGGGCGCAUCAGGGAGCAACAGCUGUCAGCCAACAUCAUCGAGGAGCUCAGGCAAUUCCAGCACCUCACUCGCUCCUACUUCAACAUGGUGUUGAUUGACAAGCAGGGAAUUGACCGGGAACGCUAUAUGGAACCUGUAACCCCGGAGGAAAUCUUCACAUUCAUUGAUGACUACCUACUGAGCAACCAGGAGCUGACCCAGCGUCUGGAACAAAGGGAUGUAUGCGAGUAAACUUGAGCCAGGGCAUGGUUGAGGUCAAAGGAAAAGCUCCCCUAGUUGGCUGAAACCAGGGUCUAAUAAAAGGAGGAAAUGGUUUCCCAUAAUUCUAGGGACAGGACUCUGAGGUAGAUGAGGUUCACCAAUCUUGGGACAUUUUCAGGAACCUUUUUAGGGCUGCAUAAUAGUUUCCCUAAGCAAGUCUCUGCUUUAGGUAGCACUGGAGGAGCAUAAGAAGCUACGUAGAGACUGAGAAGUGGCCCUGGGCAGUGGGUUGGUGGUAGGUUUUCCUUUCUUAAGCUGGGCUUCUCCCAGCUCUUCAAAGUCUUCUAGAUAAGUAAAUCCUAAAUUUAUUCACUAAC